AUGGAUGGGCUCGGCAGCGUCUCAAACGGCGCCUUCAGUAAUGGAUACACAACGAGGCAAGUCGAGACCGUUGUCUUCAAGUUUAUCGGAAGUCGACUGCUCCUUCGUCCGAUAGGUCGAUGGGUGGUGAUGCGCCAUCGAGCAGUUCGCUCGAGGAGCCGUGGGCCAUUCGCCGAUCUUCCCUUUUCCUCGCACCUAUCCGCCAAUAUCUGCAAAGUCUGCACGAAUGACGAGCAGUUGAAGAUUGCCGAGAAAGCGGGAAGCGUGGGCGUGCGGGUUGUCUUUCGUGUCGGAAACCUGGAGAGGAGGCGUGGGAAUGCCAUCUCUGGACCAGCAGGGCUGGUCCAGAGAUGGCAUUCCCACGGGUCUUCUUACAAUGUCCCCAAUCCUUUCGUCCUCCAUUGCGGACGUAACACCGGCUGCAGGAUGGACAAACGAGCUAAUCGAUUAGGUAAGGGAAGGGAGGAUACAGACAUGCUUCAUGAUCAAGGCUCCAAUACCAUUAGUUUCACAACUACAAUCAAAUCCCACGAGAUUGAGUGA